CUGAUCUCACUGUCCGAUAUGAUGGACGUCCACCAGUCCCCACUUCCUUUACCCUUUCAAGUGCCGAAGAGAGCGCGUGUAGAGGCUGUGCUUAACUCCUUCGAAGCAAAUGGUCUGAUAUUGUAUGAAUUUCUCGACGCUUGCCUUAGCGAUGAGCUGCGUUACAACCCCACAAAUCUCCAUAAAAUCAAGGGGUCUCUCCCUACGCUUGUUGGUCUCAUUAUUGAAAGGGAAAGCCUCCAAAAGUUGCUCCUUUACACUCGCCAACAACUCACGAAUGAGCUCGAUUGCCUGACAGACAUAGCCUCUGGCUUCCAUUCCUCAGCUUCAUCAAUGACACACAAGGAAGUUAAAUUUCCGUCUGUUCAGCGGACAGCGAAGAAAUUCUCCCAUAAAGCUCCUACUUUGUGGGCUGACAUUGACGAUUUGGAAAACGAAGACGAUGAUUGCUGGUUAGAUUCUAGUGGCCUCCCACCUUCGUCUCAAAGGAGCCGAUCCCGUAGUGAGAAGCGGCAGCAAUGGCACCCAGUAUAUCAAAGUUUUGCCAGAGCUGUCAAGAGCAAAUCCCUCCGAUGGAUCUGGGCAACGACUGCUCUCAAUUGGAAACCACAAAGAGUCUUCCCAAAGACGUCAGCGACAUUUCUCCUUAUUGUAUCUUCCGUUGGCUCAGCAUUUGGGUGCGGAUAG